GAAAGCUCUUUACACUUCCUUAACUUCACUCUUUUGCAGGCGGAACUGGGGAAGCCCCAGAGAAACUGCUACCCCCUGCCAGGCUUUGAUUUUGCAUAUGGGCUGUAUAUCCCAAGGACAGAUGGAGGAGUCCCUGAAGCCAUAUGCCACUGGGAGACGGUAAAGCCCAGGACUGGUUUAGUUCAGAAGAUGCCCCGAGACUUCAUCACCAUGAACCGUGGUGCUCUGAAGGCUGGUUAUACCACAGCCCAUGAAUUUAACUUGUACUACAAGGCCAAGGACAUUCGGCGCAAAGAUGAUGACUGCAGUCGCUUCAAGAGAAGUCCUCCUUCAGUACCUGCAGACAUGACUUAUGGCAUCUCCACACGGCCUUGCACGCCCUUUUUUGACCUCCUCCAACACAGAUACAAGGAGCUGUGGAUGGAGCAGCAGAGAGCACUGACAGCAGCCCUGAGAGCAGAAAAGAAAAAGUCCAAAAAAGACCAAGUGCGUGAAACUCGUACCACAUUGCUGCGAAAAGUCCCACUGCCUGCAAAGGAGGAGUCCUUCUGGCACCUGCCCCGCUUGGAGAAGGUUGAGCCUCAUCUCAGUACUUUUCCAGCCCCUGAUGCUCGUAGGAAGGCGUUCAGUGCCUUCCAUUGA